AUGCAAUUGCAUUCUAUUAAGCUCGCUCUUCUCAUGGACGACAUCUCUAAGUGGUUUCGGGACACAGCUUCCAAACUCCUCACCAGUGCUCGAGUUGACGGUUCUGGAAAACUUUCAAAUACAGUGUGGGAAGUUGAUUUGAGACGUUUUCAUUUGCAUCCAGAGGAUCUUCGAUACGAAAAGGCUGAGGCUGCAUAUAAAGGACUGCUUUCGAGCUAUCAGGAGAGACAAGAUAGUCGCCCUCCUGAUAAUAAAAUCAGCUCAACGACUAUUAUAUGUUUGGAAAAAUGGUUUUAUUUUAUUGAAUACUUUAAAGAUGAAACCAAAAGAAGCAUGUACAACGAGAAGGUGUACCAAUAUCACGAACGUGGACCCUUUGUUCAAGGCGAAGGCCGCCGAGGUGGUCAAGCUGGUCCCAAAAACAUCAAUUACAGCCAGAUAAGUGGUGAUGAAACAGAUGUGUGGCUUUCUUCCACACAAGAAGCCUCCAGUCAUGCUCUCAUUCGUGCUGGUUAUCGCACUUCUUUAAGUCUAUGGUGCAUGUCACCAGAAUUGGCUUUCAUCAGUGCUUUUGCUGAAUGUCGUUCUGUGAUUUUGGCAUCUGGCACGCUCUGUCCAGUGGAAACGUUAAAAACGGAGUUGGGGCUAAAGUUCCAUUCACAGGUAGUUGUGAAGGAACCGCGUCGUUCUUCGGAAUUACCGACUGUGAUGGAAGUUUACGAGGAUGCAGUAAGGAAUCCCGCCCGUUACGGCCGGCACGUUGACGGCGCCCUGAUGUUUGCUGUUUUCCGAGGAAAAGUGAAAGAGAAGAAGACAUAUAAUGACGAGUUUUGUAAAACUAAAGCUUUGCUCACUGGAGAUCAGUGGUACGUGUCGCAAGCUUAUCGUGCUCUGAAUCAAGCGCUUGGCAGGUGCUUACGUCAUCGAAACGAUUGGGGUGCUCUAGUGCUUGUCGAUGAGCGGUUGACAGCUCAAGCGGUGAGAUAUGGAGGAAGUCAGUUGAUACAAUUGUUCAACGGAGAAUGCAAGAAGGCAAAAGUAUUUUAG